UGCCAUGGGCUGGCUGCCCCCAAAGGCUGCGACCUGCCCUGUCGAGAGGGCUGCCAGUGUGACGAUGGCUACGUGUUGAGUGGAGAGCUCUGCGUGCCCAUAGCUGACUGUGGAUGCCUAUACAAUGGGCAGUACUACAGGAAGGGUGAUGUGUUCUACCCCCUGAGUAUGUGUCAGCAGCAGUGUGUGUGUGGGGAGAAGGGCAUAGUGUCCUGCAAGAGCUUCUCCUGCCCACGUGGGCAGUGCAGGGUGGUGAAGGGAAAGCGUGGCUGCUAUCCUGUCGGGGAAGGCAAGUGUGUGGCCUCGGGAGAUCCACACUACAUCUCCUUUGAUGGCCGCCGUUUUGACUUCCAGGGAACAUGUACCUACACACUUGCCAAGGUGUGCGAUGGAACUGGUACACUGAAUGCUUUCUCGGUGGAUGUAGAAAAUGUCAAGUAUGGAAGUGGAAAUGUGGCCGUCGCCAAGACUGUAUUUGUCUGGGUCUAUGGCCACAAAUUUACCAUGAGACAAAGGGUGCAGUGGAAUGUUAUUGUUGACAGUGGUGUGUUGAACCUCCCCCUUUCCAUGAACAAUGGAAUGAUCACCAUCACCCAGGAGGGCUCCAACAUCAUUGUGCGGACUGACUUUGGUCUCAAGGUGCUCUAUGACACGGCUUACUAUGUGGAAGUGAUUGUCCCCUCAAGCUACCAGGGCAAGAUGUGUGGCCUUUGUGGCAACUACAAUGGUGAACCCAAGGAUGACUUUCUCCUGCCUAAUGGCAGGGAGGCUCCCAGUGUCGAUGACUUCGGUAGAGGCUGGAAAGUGGCCAUUCCUGGAGUGAGCUGCUCUGAUGGCUGUGGCAAGAACUGCCCAGUGUGCGAGCGGACCAAGGAGGCUCUCUUCAAGUUGGGCCGCUUCUGUGGGGUGAUCACCUCCACCCAAGGGCCCUUCAGUGCCUGUCAUGCCUCGGUGAACCCAGAGCCCUACUUCCAGCAUUGUGUAUAUGAUGUGUGUGCUCUCAAUGGAGACCAACAGACCCUGUGUAUGAGUAUCCAAGCCUAUGCCGUUGCCUGUCAGAAUGCAGGGGUUGCCAUCAAACCAUGGAGGACCAAGGAUUUCUGUCCUUUUCCCUGUCCAACUAACAGCCACUAUGAGCUGUGUGCUGAUACCUGUGGGAACACCUGUGCUGUGCUCCUCAGCCCCACCACCUGCACAGGCAAGUGCUUUGAGGGCUGCCAAUGUGAUCCUGGCUUUCUAGCGGAUGCUGGUCUGUGCGUCUCCAUGGAGUCCUGUGGCUGUGUCUAUGAUGGCAAAUAUUUGAAGGCUGGCCAGUCCUCACUUGGAAGGGAUUGCACUGAAAACUGCACCUGCCUCAAUGGAUGGGUCACGUGUGAGAAGAUGGACUCCACACCAAGGGAGUGCCUCUUGGAUAAUAGUGUCCGCAGCUACCCCGAUGUACAGAGCUGUGUGGUCAGGCCUGGUGCCACUCUUGAAACCUUUGAUGGUUUGGAAGAUGAAAUUGGCAGUGGGGCUCUUGUGCUAACGUACAUGUGUGAUGACCGUGCAACUGAGUGGUUCCGGGUCGUGGUGGACAUCAGCUUGUGUAGCUCCAAUUCUACAGUCGCUGCUGUGUACGUCUUUUUCAACAAUGGUGUCCUUGCAGUCAACCAGGAC